GUCGCCCGUGUCCCAGCGGUACUUCAAAGCCGGAGAGGGCCUACAAUUGUGGUGGAAUGGGCGGAACACAUCAUUGUAUUGCACACCUCUAAAAAAACAGAGCUCUGAUUUAUAAAUAUAAAAAGAUCCUCGGAGGAGGGCACUUUUUUGUGAUGGCUACUUCACUUCUAGGGGUGAGUCUGAGGAUUUUCUUGCUGGUUUAAUUAGUUCUUUUAUUGUCCGGCGAGGGGAUUAAAAUUACUUCGGUCAGAGUAGGAAAGUCAGUCACUUGAUUAUGUUUUAAGCAAGUGGGUCGCGCAAGAGAGAGAGAGCCCGAAUUACAUUGACGAAAACGAGACUGGAGUGAACUUUUUCUGUCACCCACCUACCGAUGCUCUCACGAUAUUUGUGCUAGUUAAUCAGUAAAUCUUUUUCGUAAACUUUUACGUUUUCUUCAUUUUUUUGUGCGUUCUUGUUCAUUCCGCUCUACAGGAGGAGCCGAGGUUAGGAUCGACUCCUUUAGCCAUGUUAGCUGCUACCUGUAACAAGAUUGGGAGUCCCAGCCCGUCGCCUUCCUCCAUUUCGGAUAGUUCUUCUUCAUUCGGGAAAGGCUUUCACCCGUGGAAAAGAGCCACCGCCAGCAGUUGCAGUCUCGGCUCUAGCCUCUCUGGUUUCGGCGUCUCAGGGGUUUCCAGAAACGGAGCCGGACUGACGGACUCCUUUGGCUCGAACAGUUCCACGGGAUCCAGUGCCUUUUCCCUGACGUCUGGCACCUCAUCUAAUUCCCACUUUGGAAACGAUUAUUCUGUUUUCCAAGCCUCUGUUUCAAACAGUUCUCAAGAGCCCAACCAUCAGCCGGUUUUUAUUUCCAAGGUGCAUACGUCGGUGGACAGUUUGCAAGGUAUCUAUCCGAGAAUGAGCGUUGCGCAUCCAUACGAGUCGUGGUUCAAGUCGUCUCAUCCUGGUAUACCUACGGGGGAUGUUGGCACCACUGGCGCUUCAGCGUGGUGGGAUGUCGGAGCGGGAUGGAUUGAUGUGCAGAACCCGAAUGGGUCUGCACUGCAGACGUCCUUGCACUCCGGGGGACUUCAAACGUCGCUGCAUUCUCCUCUAGGGGGGUAUAAUUCAGACUACUCCGGGUUGAGUCACUCUGCCUUCAGUACCAGCGCAUCCCCGCAUCUGUUGACUACCGGUCAGCACCUGAUGGACGGGUUCAAGCCCGUGUUACCCUCUUACCCAGAUUCUAGCCCCUCUCCUUUAGCAGGGGCAGGCGGCACCAUGUUGACCGGAGGUCCCACGUCUUCUUUAGCAGGAUCCCCUCGGUCCUCAGCGCGGCGCUAUUCAGGCAGAGCCACCUGCGACUGUCCGAACUGCCAGGAGGCUGAAAGACUGGGGCCGGCGGGAGCGAGCCUGCGUCGAAAGGGGCUUCAUAGCUGCCACAUCCCGGGGUGUGGGAAAGUCUACGGGAAAACUUCGCAUCUCAAGGCUCACUUACGAUGGCAUACUGGAGAAAGACCGUUUGUAUGUAACUGGUUGUUUUGCGGAAAGAGGUUCACGCGAUCUGAUGAGCUUCAGCGACACCUUCGCACACAUACUGGUGAGAAAAGGUUCGCCUGUCCGGUCUGCAACAAGCGAUUCAUGCGCAGCGACCACCUCAGUAAACACGUUAAAACUCACAGCGCCGGAGGGUCCGCUGGAUCAGGCUCUGGUGGCAGUGGAGGAAAACGGGGGAGCGAUACCGACAGCGAGCACAGCGCACCGGGCAGCCCUCAAUGCCAUUCUCCAGACCUGUUGCAACAGCCUGAAUCUGUCCAGACAGCGGUCAUGAACGGCCACAAUAACUCUAUCGAAUGAGUAAAAAUAAGACUUUGGGGAAAAAUAGACUUUUCAAUGAGUUGUAAAUGUGUGUUUGCUGAAAACCUGCGGACAAAAUCAACAAGGGUCUGUAGAAUGCCGUCCCCUCACCCAAUCCCCCUCCCCCCC